AUGCCUAACUACACUCUGUACUACUUCAAUGGCCGCGGACGUGCCGAGAUCUGUCGUAUGUUGAUGGCCGCUGCCGGCGUCCCAUACACCGACAAGAGGUUCGAAUUCAACGAAUGGGACAAAUACAGGAAUGUCUAUCUAUCUAUCUAUCUAUCUAUCUAUCUAUCUAUCUAUCUAUCUAUCUAUCUAUCUCAGUCUGUGCAUAUCAAGUUAUUGCACCAAUUUUUUCAAUUCUAUCUCAGUUUGUUCAUAUCUAUCUAUCUAUCUAUCUAUCUAUCUAUCUAUCUAACUAAUUCUUUUUAUAUCCAUCUUGCAAUCUCAUUCUCCAUUCAUAUGUAUUUUGCUCUCUCAUUUUGUUCAUAUCUAUAUAUUUAUCUAUCUAAAUAUCUACCAAUGUCAGGCUGUUUAUAUCUAUCUAUCUAUCUAUCUAUCUAUCUAUCUAUCUAUCUAUCUAUCUCAGUUGGACUGUUUAUUUAUCUGUCUAUCUAUCUAUCUAUCUAUCUAUCUAUCUAUCUAUCUAUCUAUCUAUCUAUCUAUCUUAAUGAUGCUAUGCGAUAUGAUGUGUUAUUGUUGCUUGGAGAACCCGAUGAUGGAGAACCAGUCCAUGUUCAACAACUACCCCAAACUGAUGGCCCUGUGGAAACGCGUCGCUGCCCACCCCAAGAUCUGUGA